GAUGGCGCCAGUCGGGGAGCGGCUGUGGCUGACACAGUAAGGAAAGGCGAAGGCGGAGCAACCGGAGGAGUGGUGGAGAAGAGCGAGAGCCGUCACUGCCGCCGCCGCCGCCGCCGCCGCCGCCACCACCACCAUGGAAGGAGCCAAGCCGACCCUGCAGCUCGUGUACCAGGCAGUGCAGGCGCUUUACCACGACCCGGAUCCCAGCGGCAAGGAGCGCGCCUCGUUUUGGCUUGGGGAGCUGCAGCGUUCGGUUCAUGCAUGGGAGAUUUCAGACCAGUUGCUACAAAUUCGACAGGAUGUAGAAUCAUGCUAUUUUGCUGCACAGACCAUGAAAAUGAAGAUUCAGACCUCAUUUUAUGAGCUCCCCACAGACUCUCAUGCCUCUUUGCGGGACUCAUUACUAACCCAUAUCCAGAACUUGAAAGACUUGUCACCUGUCACUGUAACACAGCUGGCUUUAGCAAUAGCAGACCUUGCCCUACAGAUGCCUUCAUGGAAGGGGUGUGUACAAACAUUGGUGGAAAAAUAUAGCAAUGAUGUGACUUCUCUGCCUUUUCUGCUGGAGAUCCUUACAGUGUUACCUGAAGAAGUACAUAGUCGUUCCUUACGAAUUGGAGCUAACCGACGCACAGAAAUAAUAGAAGAUUUGGCCUUCUACUCUAGUACAGUGGUAUCUCUAUUGAUGACCUGUGUAGAAAAAGCAGGAACAGAUGAGAAAAUGCUUAUGAAGGUCUUUCGCUGUUUGGGGAGUUGGUUUAACCUAGGCGUUUUGGACAGUAACUUCAUGGCUAACAAUAAGUUACUAGCACUCCUUUUUGAGGUUUUGCAACAGGAUAAGACCUCAUCCAACCUACAUGAAGCUGCUUCAGACUGUGUGUGCUCAGCUCUCUAUGCCAUUGAGAAUGUGGAGACUAACUUGCCAUUAGCCAUGCAACUGUUUCAAGGAGUCCUGACAUUGGAGACUGCCUAUCAUAUGGCUGUGGCACGUGAAGAUUUAGACAAAGUUCUGAAUUACUGUCGGAUUUUUACUGAACUAUGUGAAACUUUUCUUGAAAAAAUUGUUUGUACUCCAGGCCAAGGUCUUGGGGACCUGCGAACUCUAGAACUGCUUCUUAUCUGUGCAGGACAUCCUCAGUAUGAGGUAGUGUUUAUACUAUGCUAAAGCCAUUAUUCUCCAAGUUUUAUGUUGCAUAUUAUUUAUAUUCUGUUGUUUCCCACCAAGCUUUAUAUUAAUGGGAAAUUAUAGUCUUAUUUGUAAUUGAUCUGAUGUGGGGGUUACCUCUGUAUUGGAUUUUUUUUAACUAAUUAUAUUUGGGCUUCUUUUGAAUCCUUUUCUAUUUUUUACCUGGUUAGCUGAGCUGACUGGUAUAUGUACCUCAAUGAGUCAGUUAGAAAGAAAGCCUACUAUCUUUCUACUAAGCCCCCAUUUCUCUGUAGUUAUUCUUUAGAGUUUUACAGCUAAAAAAAAAACCCCACCAAAUCUUAAGCGCACCUCCAAAAAUCUUAACAUCCAAAGUUUGUCUCCAGAUUAUGGAUGGGAAUGAGAAAAGGAUUAAAAGGACUUAAAGAGUCUCCUUCAUUCCAAAUUUGGUGUAAGACACCCUACCUCUUUUAAGUUUGCUAGAUUAAAAAAAACCAACAACUUCAUUUAAGUAGUUUUUUUUUUCUUUUAAUAGUGUAAGAAGUGACAAAAAAACUCCCAAGUUGAGUAAAUAGCUCUAUUUUGGAUCCUUGAUGGGAAAAGUAGGAUAUAGGGUCCCUCUUAGGGAGGUCACAAUAGUCCUGUUAAUUCUCAACCCAUUUUCUGUUAUACGAAAGAUAAUGUUUAUUUGUUUGAUAUAAUCUCAUGAGGAUAUCUAGAUUUGGAUGAAACUUAAAACAUUUGCCCUGGCCCUAACCGGUUUGGCUCAGUGGAUAGAGCGUCGGCCUGCGGACUCAAGGGUCCCAGGUUUGAUUCUGGUCAAGGGCAUGUACCUUGGUUGUGGGCACAUCCCCAGUAGGAGGUGUGCAGGAGGCAGCUGAUCGAUGUUUCUAACUCUCUAGCCCUCUCCCUUCCUCUCUGUAAAAAAUCAAUAAAAUAUUU